AUGGUUAAUGCGGUAGAUGGAACAAAACAGUUUGGCAGAGGUAGAGGGAAUGGUAGUUUUACUGCUGAAAGAGGAAGAGGAAAUAUGAAAGUUUGUACCUAUUGUGGUAAAACUGGUCAUAUAAUCGAUAAUUGCUACAAGAAGCAUGGAUAUCCACCAAAUCUUGGUCGAGGAAGCUCAUAUGCAAACCAAGUGGAGGUUUAUGAUUCAGAUAACAAGCCUGCAGUAACAUCAACAGGUGACAAUGGAAGCAUGUCACUGAUAAGAGAGAAAUAUAAGAACUUGAUGGUGCUUCUUGAUAAGACACAUGAUCUAUCAACAUUUCCAAGGGAGAUCAAUCUUACAUUGCUAGCUUUAAUGCAAAUAGUAGUCAGCAUCUAUAUGGAAAAGAAGAACUUGAUAAGGAUUGGUUCAGCUAGAGAGCUUGAUGGACUAUAUUACUUGGAAGCAUCACAAAGAGAUAGUAAUAUAUGUUUUGUUUCUAGAAUUUUUUCCAAUAAGAAAACUGAUGAUGUUGUCAUGUUGAAAUCCGAAGUUGAAGUAUGUCAAAAGAUACAAGACUUUCUGGCCAUGGUUGAAACACAAUUUGCAAAGAGGAUCAAAACCAUUAGAAGUGAUAAUGGAACUGAGUUGCUUAUCCCUGCAUAUUAUGCUUCAAAAGGCUUGCCUAAGAAAUUCUGGUCAUAUGUUGUGCUUCAUGCUAUUUUUCUUAUGAAUCGAAUUCCUACUAAAGUUAUGAAGAAUAAGUCCUAUUAUGAGGCCAUCUAUGCAUCUACUAUUAAAAACAACAAACAUAAAUUUGACUCAAGAGCAAGAAAGUGUGCUUUCUCGGGAUACAACGCAGGUAUGAAAGGUUUUGUGCUUUUAGACACAGAUAAUCAUGAGAUCAUCAUUUCUAGAAAUAUGAAAUUCUUUGACAUGGAGUUUCCUUACCUUGAUAAAUCUAACCCACAUGUGCCCACAAAUACAUACCUUGAUUAUCACCACUCAACAAUUGGUGACACUGAAACUGAACCAACCAAUUCAUAUGUCCAUAACCCUAUUAUUGAAUCAGAACAUGUUCCUCAAAUCAUUGAAAGUGAACCUAUACAAUUCACUGAUACCUCAAAAACCAGUCCUGAUCAUAUAAACAAAUUCAAAUGA